AUGAGUGUGAGGUGGGAGACAGAGGGUUUGCAGACUGUGGGCAUCGUCUGCCUGGUUAUUAUGUUCCUCAAACUCAUGCACUUACUCGGACUUAUCGACAUCACAGAAACAGACAGCAGCGACAGCGACCUAGAGCUUGCUGCGGUCAGGCACCAGCCGGAGGGACUCGAGCAGCUACAGGCUCAGACCAAGUUCACCCGCAAGGAGCUGCAGUCGCUCUACAGGGGCUUUAAAAAUGAAUGCCCGAGUGGCCUAGUCGACGAGGAAACAUUCAAGACCAUCUACUCUCAGUUUUUUCCCCAAGGAGAUGCCACUAUGUACGCCCACUUCCUCUUCAAUGCAUUUGAUUUGGACAGAAAUGGCUCCAUUCGCUUUGAGGACUUUGUGAUCGGACUUUCUGUGCUGCUGAGAGGUUCAGUCACUGAAAAACUGAACUGGGCCUUCAACCUUUACGACAUCAACAAAGAUGGAUACAUUACCAAAGAGGAAAUGCUGCUGAUCAUGAAGUCUAUCUAUGACAUGAUGGGGAGGUACACUUACCCCUGUGUACGAGACGACGCACCAUCCGAACAUGUGGAAAAGUUCUUCCAGAAGAUGGACAGAAACCAAGAUGGUGUUGUGACUAUUGACGAGUUCAUUGAAACAUGUCAAAAGGAUGAAAACAUCAUGAGCUCCAUGCAACUUUUCGAGAAUGUGAUCUAG